GUUUAUUUGGGGUUUCAAGGCCGAGAAUCUAUUGAACCAGCCAUGGUUGGAAAGGCGCGAUCUUGGGACGCUGCGGGCUUGGCCACGGUCGGAUGUCUUGGACUUCUUGGUGUUCGGAGAAGACUGGAGACGUCUUGUCCUCCAAGCUCACCUCGAGUACCUCGACGCUUGGAAGGUACCCGCUGCAUUGUCACUGGCGCUUCUUCGGGGAUGGGAGCGGAAGUGGCCUGGGCUUUCGUGGAGGCUGGAGCCGAUGAGGUGGUCAUGGCGUGUCGCAGCCUGGAGCGCUGCCAUGCCCAGCGCGCCCAGCUCUUCCGGCGCUGCGCCCAGGAGGCCAUGGCCGGCGAGGCCUCUGGCCGGGCGGCUCAGCAACGAGCAGCGCGGAGGCGGCAGUGCUCAGAGAUGCAGCGGAAGAUGGUUUGUAAGGUGCUGGACCUCACCAGUGCCAAGUCGAUUCAGAGCUUUGUCAAGGAUAGUGAGAAGACCAUGUUGGACCGACCGCUGAUAUUGGUGAACAAUGCUGGUGUCAUGACGGACGAAGGUCACGUCGUCUCUUCGCACUCGACUGUGGACCUCCAGCUGAGGACCAACCAUUAUGGCCAUUUCAUGCUAACACAGAUGCUGUUACCAAACAUGGACCCCGCAUCCAUCGUUGUCGUCAUGGCAAGCAGAGCUCAUCGCCAGGGUUCACUGUCGCUGGAGAACGCCGGCCGUGUUCCUGAUGUGGAACAGGAUGCUGGGAACCAGAAGCGCGAGAAGCUUCCUGGAGGGCCGGUGUUCCGGUUGCUGAAUGGCCUUGGGCUUGGGUGGUAUGCUCGCUAUGCACGUUCCAAGCUUUGCAACGUUUUGUUUGCGGCUGAACUCCGAAGGCAAUAUCCUGAUGGACCACUGAGUGUGGCAAUCUCCCCUGGCUUGGUCAACACGGGGAUUUUCCGAGCUGUACCGGAACCUUUGGGACAUGUGCUUCGGUGGUUUGCUGACAAGUCCUUCCAAACACCUCAAGAAGGAGCCAGACACAUCUUGGCCGCCAUUUCAGCAGCACAGGAAGCGCAUGGGGAACGAAGUGAGAAGGACUUUCCUUUGUAUUGGCAUUGCUCAAAGCCUGAAGUUCCCUCGAAGGCAGCAAUGGAUCAAGAGCUGGCUGCAGCUCUUUGGCGCUCUAGCGAAGUGGCUGUAAAGAAAGUUCUGUGACCUUCGAGCACGGUGCACGCCUCUCGGACUUGGAUGGACUUCGGACAUCUCGUGGUAAGCCUCAAUGACAGCUCGAGCUCCGUGCUCCAAUGAGUUCUGACGGACUGCUGAAGGGUAGGCCCUACCUGGUGAGGCACAUUUGGCCGUGAUGAGCUCCUGUUGUCAUCAGCGGUGGCAGCUUGAUCGGUGAGCUUCAGGCCAUUUGACCAUGGCACCAAAUUGGCCGCACCAAGGUUGUGCGGGCCUAUCGUAGCCUUGGGAGCUUAUAGAUCUUAUAGGGUUGUUGGUAGAAACGUCGGUCUGCGGCUGAUGAUCAAA